CCCGUUUGUUUUCUUGGUUUAUUUUCGGUUUGGAGGUUGUUUUUUUUGCUAAAACAAGGCGCGGUUUAUUCUGGCGUUACUGUAUGGCGAGAAUGUGUCGCCUGUGAAGCUCUCGGACUGUUUAUGCGGACUUUUUAAACUCUGACUCGUUCAGAGGCGCUGCUGUGCGCACUUCCUCAACGCGCGAGGCAUGUGAUGAGCAGAGGCUGCGCGAGACUAGAAGAGAGAGGUGAAGAGAGGUGAAGAGAGAUGAAGAGAGGUGAAGAGAGAUGGGGCUCCAGCGAAUUACGUGUUUAUCUAUCUUUCUCUGGGCUGUGAGUUUUCCUACAGCCGCCAACAGUCAGAAUGUGUCCACUCCAAAUAUCAUCAUCAUGCUAAUGGAUGACAUGGGGUGGGGUGAUCUGGGGGUGUUUGGUCAGCCCGCCAUGGAAACUCCAAACCUGGACUUGAUGGCUUCUCAGGGGAUGCUGUUCCCCAACUUCUACACCGCAAACCCACUCUGCUCCCCCUCCAGAGCUGCGCUGCUUACUGGAAGACUUCCAAUUCGGAAUGGGUUCUACACCACCAACGCACACGCCAGGAACGCCUACACGCCUCAGGAGAUCGUGGGAGGAAUCUCAAAAGACGAGAUACUGUUGCCUCAGAUCCUGAAGAAAAAAGGCUAUGUCAGCAAGAUCGUCGGCAAGUGGCACCUCGGGCACAGAGAGCAGUUCCUGCCCCUGAAUCAUGGAUUCGAUCAGUGGUUUGGGGCACCAAACUGUCACUUUGGACCCUACAACCACACCUACAGGCCCAACAUCCCCCUCUACAACAACUCCAAGAUGGUAGGAAGAUAUUAUGAGGAGUUCGAAAUCAGUGAGAAAACGGGGGAGUCAAAUCUCACACAGAUUUAUUUGGAGGAAGGUUUGAACUUCAUCCGUCACCAGGCUAUGGCACGACAGCCUUUCUUUCUCUACUGGGCAGCAGAUGCCACACACGCACCCGUAUAUGCCUCCAAACGGUUCCUGGGAAAGAGCCAGAGAGGACGCUAUGGCGAUGCUGUGAUGGAGCUGGACUACAGUGUCGGGCAGAUUUUGUCCUGGCUGGUCACACUGGGCAUCGAUAAAACCACAUUUGUGUUCUUCACUUCUGACAACGGCGCUGCAUUAACGUCUGGACCUCAUCAAAGUGGCAGUAACGGUCCAUUCCUGUGUGGAAAGGAGACGACUUUCGAAGGAGGAAUGAGGGAGCCAGCUAUUGCCUGGUGGCCGGGACGAAUCCCUGCAGGCACGGUCAGUUCUCAGGUGGGUACUGUGAUGGAUCUCUUCACCACCAGUCUUGCUCUGGCUGGUCUUGUUGCCCCUGACGAUCGGGUCAUUGACGGUUUGGACCUGAGACCGACCCUGUUCAACAACACGCUGACAGACAGGCCCGUCUUCUAUUACCGCGGCAACCAGAUGAUGGCGGUGCGGGUCGGACUCUACAAGGCUCACUACUGGACAUGGAGCAACUCGUGGGAGGAGUUUAAGAAGGGCAUAAACUUCUGUCCUGGCCAGGAGGUCGCUGGGGUCACCACACACACCCAGCAGGAACACACCAUGCAGCCGCUCAUCUUCCACCUGGGGCGGGACCCUGGAGAGAAAUACCCAAUCAGUGUCCUAUCUGAAGAAUAUCUGGCCGUUUUGAGGCGUGUUACUUCGGUCGUGGAGCAGCAUCAGAAGACUUUGAUUCCUGGUCAGCCUCAGCUGAACAUGUGUGACCUGGCAGUGAUGAACUGGUCUCCUCCCGGAUGUGAGCAGCUGGGAAAGUGCCUCAAACCCCCACCGUCUCAGCCGUGGAAGUGUGACUGGCCACACUGAGGCAUCUUUUACACAAACGAUCAGAACAUUAAACUCUGAGGAUGAUCUGAAAACCCUACAGCUGAUCUCUGCACAGACUCGAUGAUCUCUUCUGCCUUCGUGAAAAUGAAAAACGGGAAUUUCUGUCUGCACUCAUGAUGAUCAUUUUGAUAGAUUUUUUUUUUAAUUUUGAAGGGAAUAUUUUAAAAUGAAUUUAAUUAUUUAAAUCUAUUGCUGUAUUUUUCUUUUUAUUUUUUGCUUUUUGACAUCAUAAUAAAGGAAUACGAGAAAUGCA